AUGACAUCCACUCACAAGCACAGAAUUCUACGUGCUAUGCUCGAACGGUAUAUUCGAUUAAUUACUGAUGCAAACGAUGAAAUAAGUUUCUCUGUCGCGUCAACAAUCGCUAUGAGAAUCAUCGAUUUUGUGAAUCUUCUUAACAACGGAGUUUUUAUCGCUCAUAAUCUUGCUGAUGGUUUGGUACACAAAUGGUUCAAAACCGAAACAGACGUAGUGGUGACGACACCUUUCAACGGUACAACGAGGACUGUUGACGAGAUCAGCAAAUUAUUAUAUAACAUCGGAUUGUAA